GACCUCCGGGGUACUACUUCCGGCUUGACUGGCACAUGAGUUACUUUUGUGUUCGGGCGGUUUAUCAACAAAUGAAAAUAUAUAUAAAUACUACAUAAGAGUAUAUAUAUAUACAUAUUCAUAUAAUAUAAUCAUCCAACUAACUUGCAUAUAUUACUACAAUUGACUGAUCUACAGAGAAGAACCCUAAACCGCAGACAUGGCUCGUAAUGCUGAGAAGGCCAUGACGGCUCUGGCCAGAUUCAGACAAGCCCAGCUGGAAGAGGGCAGAGUAAAGGAGAGGAGACCGUUCCUGGCAUCGGAGUGCUCUGAUCUCCCUAAAGCUGAGAAGUGGAGGAGACAGAUCAUCAGUGAGAUCUCUAAGAAAGUGGCGCAGAUCCAGAAUGCCGGUCUGGGGGAGUUUCGUAUCAGGGAUAUGAACGAUGAGAUCAACAAACUGCUAAGGGAGAAAGGUCACUGGGAGGUCAGGAUCAAGGAGCUGGGAGGGCCCGACUACGGAAGAGUCGGACCGAGGAUGCUGGACCACGAGGGGAAGGAGGUGCCUGGUAACCGCGGUUACAAAUACUUUGGAGCUGCCAGAGACCUGCCAGGGGUCCGGGAGCUGUUUGAGAAGGAACCGGCCGCUCUCUCCCGUAGGAACCGGGCGGAGCUGAUGAAGGACGUGGAUGCCGAGUACUACGGUUACCGUGACGAAGACGACGGAGUCCUUCUUCCUCUGGAGCACGAGUACGAGAAACAAGCGGUGGUGGAGGCGGUGGAGCGCUGGAAGGCGGAGCUCUCUUCUCGGCUAGCAGGAGGUCAGAAGGAGGAGGAGGAGGAAGAGGAGAGCCUCUACGCCAAGGGAACGGAGGAGGGGGAUGAGUUGAUGUUAGAGCAGCAGGAAGAAGAGGAGGGCCUAGAGAGCUUCAUCGCCCAUGUCCCCGUGCCCUCGCAGAAGGAGGUGGAGGAGGCUCUGGUCCGGAGGAAGAAGAUGGAGCUGCUUCAGCGCUACGCCAGCGAGACGCUAAUGGCCCAGAGCCAGGAGGCCAAGACCCUGCUGGGCCUCUAGAGACAGACAGACAGGCAGACAGACAGACCCUGAUGGGCCUGUAGAGACCAACAGAAAGAUGGACGGACAGACCGAAGGACAGACAGACAGACAGGCCCGGCUGGGUCUUUAGAGACAGACAGACAGGCAGAAGGACAGACAGACAAACAGUCCGUAGAGACGGACCGACAGACAGAAAGAAAGGGGUGUGUGUGUGUGUGUGUGUGUGUGUGUGUGUGUGUGUGUGUGUGUGUGUGUGUGUGUGUGUGUGUGUGUGUGUGUAUGUGUUGACACUUGCGUGUGUGGGUGUGGGUGUGUGUCCUGAGCAUUAAUGGAUGUUUUUUCUAUAAGCUGUUAAAAUACCUACUCCUUACUCCUACCAUACUCCUAAUAAAAUAUCAGUGAAAGUUA